AUUGCUCCAUUCCAAUUGAUUGUGUCUAAUAAGCUGAAUUUGCAAUUAAAUGGUUAAUGUUAUAAUUUUGUAUCCAAACGUUGUCCAACGGUUUGUUGUGCUAUUUGACUUAUUAUGCUUGUGUUUCUCGAAUCAAACGGUGUCGGUUACGGAACCGAAAGAACGAUAGCUCCGUUCCGCAAAUAGCUCGAUGGACACGCUGGUCUGUGUCUCUACUUCUGCGAAAAGAUAAAUCUAAAGGGACUUAUCACCAUGCAAUAUAUAACGUUUAUGAUCUUUCAAGGUAUGCCAGGGCAGCGGUCGAGUUUGUGGACUUGCUACAAAAAGGAUCCAACGGGUACAAAAGCGAAAUGCUUAUUUUGCGGUCAGCUAAUGUCAUUGGCAAAAUCAACGUUCACGAAUUUACGACGGCAUAUCUUAAGGAAGCAUCCUCAUUUACAAGAGCAAGUUGCACCUCAGGUACGUAAUUCGAACACAUUGGGCAUUAGAAUAUGGAUCCAUUUCGUAAGGGAACCAGGAAAACGAGCGAGAUGUCGGUACUGUGACAGAACCAUAAGCUACCAAUAUACGACAUCCAGCUUGGCAAGACAUGUGCGAAUACAACAUCCCAAUAUAUGGAUGGAAAGUGAAAACCUGCCUGAUGCUCACAACCAAGAAUAUGAAAAACUAUACCAGGAUGAUGCUGUACAGAAUAACGCAGAAGGACUAAUAUCGAUGAACGAAUCGUACGGAGAGUUUGAAGGCAGGAAUAGUGGACUUAUCGAAUUACAACCCGUGAAAAAUGCAGAACUUAGUGAACCAAUUAAACUGGAAAUCAUUGAUUUAAAUCCUCAACCUAAAGGAAAUGUUGACCACGACCAAAUUGAGAGAAACACCGGUUAUCAGCCAGACAGGGUACGUCAAUUUGAUCAAAGAUCCUCGGAGAACAACGAUUCCGAACAGGAAUUUGAAAUGGCGGAGAUUUUAGAAGAAACGGUUAUAGGUCAAAUUAUUGACCCUAUCAAGACUGCCGACACCGCAGACGCUGGUUAUGCGAAGUAUGCUAAUACGCUACGAGGGCAGAAUUCGGCAGGUUUCGAUAUGAAACAUAUACCGACGAAAGCAGCAGCUUAUGCGACCCAUGUUGCUCUGGAAAUAGAAAGUCUACAUCCACGGCAAAGAGCCAUAGCGCAGAAGCUUAUAUCAGACAUACUGUUCAAUGGGAAGUUGGAAAAUUUGACCGAACAUUCCACGCUAAUAGUACGAGUUGGCACGUUCGAAAGCGAAUAAUACUAAUGGACGAUGAAAUUUUGUUUUGUGAGAGAUUUUUGUGUUGAUAAUUGUUCAUUAAUUUUAAGCAAUUUCUAUGACAGGAACAGAUCACGUAAUAGGAUGGUGAUUUUGUUAGUGAUUAGCUGGUUUGAAAGAGAAUCUUCUCUUAAAUGCUUCACUACAGUUUGGAGUUUCAUUCCCUAACACUAAAUUAACCAUUUUCGCUCAUCUAAUUUAGAAACAAUUUUUAUUGUAGAAUAAAAAAACAAAUUUAGUUAAUAAAACCAUUUAAUUAAGCAUAAAUAACAACGCAGGUGAACUCGUUUACCUGCAAUUAACAAAACGAAAUAAAGUAAAUGAUGCGAUAUGUGUAUCUUAAGCACGGAUGAAGUCGUAAGAUGGUGUUUGUUUUUAUGUGUGUAUUGGUGAGAGCAAGGGCGAACGGUUCCAUGGUGUAACGGUUAGCACUCAGGACUUUGAAUCCUGCGAUCCGAGUUCAAAUCUCGGUGGAACCUCUCUUUUUUGUUUAGUGAGAGACACGGUUUAAAAUCGUUUCGA